GGCGAUGUUUUGCGUCGGCUUUUGCGCAUCUUUUCGUAAAAGCCCCCACGGGGCACUUGCCAGCGGCGUUUCCCAAGCUCUCGGGAGGCAGUGCCGGCGUGAAGGGGAUGGGUUUACAUUCUCCCGUUCCACAGCCCCGGCUCUAUAAAAGGCUACGAACGGCAGCUUUGGAAGCAAGAGUCAAGAAGUUGCUCUGUCCCUCUAGCCGGCAUCCUUCAAAUCUAAAGGAGGGAAAUACCGACCGACGCGAAGAAGCGGUCUGAGGGAGCCAAGCGACAUCACAGGUCACAGGUUAUUCAUCUGAUCGUGAAAGCCAAGAGGCAGAGAGCGCACCAGUUUCCGGCCAAACAGAGAAGCGGGCAUCCGGUGACCGAAGACGAGAUGAAUAUCGCUGUUACCUGCUUGGCUGCACUUGUCCUGCUGGCCCUCGCAACCUCUGACGGAGCUGCCCUCUACCUGCCCGACUCUCCUGAGCUCCGUCGGCUGAUGAGCCGGUACCAUGAGGAGAUGGAGCUGAACCACACGGCGCCCAGCCGGUCCCGCCGGGCCAUCCCCUGGUCUGACCGCGAGGAGAUUCUCAAGCUGCACAACAAGCUACGAGGGGAGGUGUACCCCACUGCCUCCAACAUGGAGUACAUGGUGUGGGAUGAGGAGCUGGAGCGUUCAGCCACAUACUGGGCGGAGGAGUGCAUCUGGGACCACGGCCCCCAGGACCUGCUCAUGUCCAUAGGCCAGAACCUGGCGGUCCACUGGGGCCGGUACCGCUCCCCGGCCUACCACGUGCAGGCCUGGUACGACGAGGUGAAGGACUACACCUACCCGUACCCCCACGAGUGUAACCCCUGGUGUCCUGAGCGCUGCUCCGGGCCGAUGUGCACUCACUACACCCAGCUGGUUUGGGCUACUACCAGCCGGGUUGGCUGUGCCGUCCACAUCUGCCCCGCCAUGAACGUCUGGGGUGAGAUCUGGGAAAAUGCUGUGUACCUGGUCUGCAACUACUCACCCAAGGGCAAUUGGAUCGGAGAGGCUCCCUAUCAACACGGACGCCCCUGCUCCCAGUGCCCCCCCAGUUAUGGAGGUGUCUGUCGGGAUAAUCUCUGCUACAAAGAGGAUGCCCAAGUGCCGCAGCAGCCAGAGACGGAGGACAUGAACGAGGUGGAGAGGGCUCAGGUGCCGGUCCAAGACCGAACCACGACCACGAAGCCAGCGCCCAGACCUCAGCCCAAGCCUUCCAUGCCAAAGAAGACUCCCUCAUCCAAAUCUGCCAGCACCAGCUACUUGGCACAGAAAAUCAAGUGUGAGACCAAGAUGCGUGAUAAAUGCAGAGGGGCAACCUGUAACAGGUACCAGUGUCCAGCCAACUGCCUACGCAGCAAAGCCAAAGUCUGGGGGACGCUCUUCUACGACGUGCAAUCGAGUAUCUGCCGCGCCGCCAUUCAUUCUGGCGCCAUCGACAACAACGGGGGCCUGGUGGACAUCACCAGGAAGGACAACCUGCCCUUCUUUGUCAAGGCCACGAAGAAUGAGAUAGAGAGCCUCAGCAAAUACAAACCAGGCAAUGCAUUUGUGGUUGCAAGAGUGGAAAGACAAUCGAUUGACUGUUAUGCCACGGUGGCUGAGAUAUGUCCCUUCGGAAAGACGGCCGCUAACUGCCCAAGGGUCCUCUGCCCUGACGGCUGCAAGGACCAGCCAUCUUACUGGGCACCAGUGCUUGGGAACAACAUAUAUUUAGAUAGCUCCAGUAUCUGCCGAGCAGCUAUCCAUGCUGGAGCGAUCAAAGCCAGCGGGGGCUAUGUGGACAUCCUGGCCCUGGCGAAUAGGAAAAGCUACAUGGGAACGCUGAAGAACGGAAUCCAGUCAGAGAGUAAGAGGAAUACGGAGGGGAAUUCUUUCCGCGUCUUUGCUGUGAGGGAGUAGGUCAUCGUUCCCACUAGACCUCCUGGUGGUCCAAGCUGACACGGGAUGGGGAAGACCAAGAGGGGGACACUAUGGAGACCUCUGGAGUGUGCAUCAAGCUUGGAAGAUGCUGAACUCCUUGGUGGGCCUCCAGAACUUCAUUUAAUUUCAUUUCUCAGUUGACACUCAAAACAUGGAUUUACUACUUGGGGGGAUAUUAUUUCUUGUGUGUCUAAACUUUUGUUGUUGUUUUUUUUUUUUCGUGUCAACACACAACAAAUUCAGAAUGGUGUACAGUAUCAAUGACGAUUUCAACAGCAGUGCUGGUUUUGUUCCGUCUUUACCUGUAGGUUUAAAAGAGAUCUAGUUAUCUUUAUUAUAAUUAUUAUUUUUAUUUGUUAUUCUUGUUGUUGUUUUUUUUAUAAUGCAUUUGCAAUGGAAAAGAAAAUGAUUGAUCGUAGUACACAGGCAUGUAUAUGGAUCACUCAUUUAAUCAUUUUGUACAGUUUUUUGAUUUGUAUUGUGUGUUAUGUACCAAUAUGUGUAUUUUUCAUGUAUUGGUAUAUUUGAUUAGCUGUUGUAUGUUUCCUUCUAAGGGUCGAUGUGUAUUGUCAUGUGUUUUCUGUCGUUGCCCAUUUCGGUCUGCUCUCUGGCAGGGGAGGGGCUGGAGAUGCCUGGCCCCCUUCACGAUGGCUGUAUGUGGUCAUACCUUUUUAGUACAAGGUACCAAACAGCCGCCACUCCCCCAGAUGAGUCCGACCCAGCGAGUGCACAUUAGUGCUGUCCUUGGAGAAACCAGCGCAGAAUCCUUCUGAGAACAAAAUUUACAUAACUUGAUAUUUACUAUGCAGAUGGAUAUGAUUAUUAUUAUUAUUAUUAUUAUUAUUGUUAUUGUUAUUGAAACCUCUGCCUUCUUUCUGUUUCGGUCCUGGCCAGUGUUCUGUUUUGUUUAAUUUAGCAAUUUACCCGUCAUCACACACACCAUCUCCUCAUUCUGCGGCCAGUCCAUAGCUGAGGGACUGUGUUCUUACACAACUCAUGGCAUAGUUUACAUGGAGACAGCUGAAUGUUUGUAAACUCAUCAAUACCCUUUUUUAAGGGGGGGGGUGGAUGGAUAAAUGAAAAUUUAUACUAUAUAUAUAUAUAUAUAUAUAUAUAUUAGCUGAAAAGGCCUUUUAUAAACAAUGUGAGUAACAGUUCUUGCCCUUCUGAAUGGUGUGGCUCAUUGCUUCCCAACCCGGUCCUUGGAACCCCACAGACAGUUCACGUUUUUGCUCCCUCCCAGCUACCUGCUAGGCAGUCCACAUUUUUGCUCCCUUGGGAACUGGGAGGGAGCAAAAACAGGGACUGGCUUGCGGGUCCCAAAGGACCGGAUUGAGAAACACUGUUGUAGCAGUAUAUGCUCAAUGUGGAUGUUUAAACCGCUUAAACACAGCCACAUAAUAGGAAGGUACUUUGCCAAGAGGUACGUGAUGUGUGGGAAGACUUCGCUUAGGAAGGAGUGCCUUGUCAGACCCUUACAACCAUCUUAAUGCUUCAUUGCUUCGACAUCUUGGCUGGUUAGACUUAAAGGGAGAAGAGGAACAAUUUUGAUUUUCGUUUUGUAGCUGAAGCAGUCCAGAAAGACUUGCUAUUGUCUCCAAAUUGUGUUUCUCUCCCUCCUUGGCCUGGCCCCAAGCUCACAGGUGGUGCCUUAUGACUAGUUUUCCCUCGUUAGUAGUCAUCUAGCUGCUCUGUUUUUGGCUACCUCAGUUCUGUCGCCGCAUCCCGUGUGGCUACAUUCGAAAGCCUGAGGGAAACCAUAUUCAUUCAUGUGUGUAGUGAGAAUAAUGUUGCGUAAAUAGUUCAGAUUCACCUUCCUACAGAGUAAGGUGUGUGUCGUCAGAGUAACUUACGGAAAUGUUUGUGAAGUGUGAGGAUUUUAUAAAGGCAGUGGAGUUUUUCAUACUUUUUUUUGCACAAUUUAAAAAUAAAGAACAAAAAAGAAAUA